UUGUUGCUCACGGGGACAGCUGCUCAUUGAUGUGUUUAUUAGUAAAAAAAGUGGUUGUUUUGUUUUUUUAUAAAUAUUUUGGUACAAGUAGUGCAAAUAACAAGAACGCGUUCAUUUUUUCUUUUUUUUUUAUUUUUAUUUCUAAGCGGAUAUUUAUUCUCUUUUUUUCUGUUUUAAUUAAAAAGCUGUUGGGUUCUUAUUUAAUUAGAUUAGUAUCAUUUAAUAAGCACUUUAUUUUUUAUCUGCACGAAUACAUAAUUUUUGAUGCUUUACUUAAUUUUAUUUAUUUUAAACUAACAAUUCACAUACAUACUUUUUUAAAAUACUUCCUGUUUGUUAGUAAAUAA